GGGGCAAGGAAAAAUCAAUAAUUUUUAUAUAAAAUAAAAAUAAAAAUAAGAAUAACGCGUUUUAUUUGUUUUUUAGUUCUCUCCGGGGAAAAAAAAAAAAAAAAAAAAACCCAUUGUUUACUUCUCAAAGCGUGAACAACACCUUCUCUGAUUUCCACUUCGUCUUCCUCCUCACCAAGAUCUCUCUUUUCUCUCUCUUUCUUUCUCUAUCUGAGCUGAAAGAUGAAAUGCCAUGAGCUUCUGGGUAAAACCGUGGUUUUCUUCUUCUUCAUCUUUUUCUCGUGCUGUGUUUCUGUGAAUGCUGUGUUGGUUUCGGAGAGAUUGGUUUUGCUGGAGCUCAAAGCCUCCUUUUUGGACCCUUCUGCGAUUCUCUCCAGCUGGAACUCCGACAACCCAGAUCACCACUGUUCAUGGUUUGGGGUUUCCUGCGACUCCCAAUCCAGAGUCGUCUCGCUCUCUGUAGCUGGUUCUGGUGGUAAACCAGGUAAUUCUGAAGCUCUUUCUUGUUCAAAGUCUUUGAAAGUUGAGUUUCCGUUCAAUGGGUUUGGAUUUAGAGGAACUAGUUUGCGUAGGGAAGCGAAACUUAGAGGAAAGAUUUCACCUUUCAUUGGGGAGCUGACCCGGCUUCGGGUUUUGUCUCUUCCUUACAAUGAUCUGAGUGGUGGGAUUCCUGUAGAAAUUUGGGGUCUGACUAAGCUUGAAGUUCUUGAUCUAGAGGGGAAUUUGCUAACUGGGAAGUUACCAAGUCGAUUUACCGGUUUGAGAAAAUUGAGGGUUUUGAAUCUUGGGUCUAAUAGGAUAUAUGGUGAGGUUCCCUUUUCGUUAUCGAAAUGUGGGAGCUUAGAGGUCUUGAAUUUGGCUGGUAAUGCAGUGAAUGGAACGUUUCCUGUGUUUUUUGGUAGUUUGCCAAAGUUGCAGGGUUUAUAUUUGUCUCAAAAUAGGUUAACAGGGAAUGUUCCAGCCGAAUUCGGAAGUAACUGUUGGAAUCUCGAGCAUCUUGAUUUGUCAGGGAAUUUCCUAGUUGGUAAGAUUCCGGAUAGUUUAGGCAAUUGUCGACGGUUACAGAGACUUUUAUUGUUUUCAAAUAUGUUAAAUGGUGCCAUUCCCCGUGAGCUUAGCCGACUUCAGAUGCUUGAAGUUCUAGAUGUUUCUAGAAACAACCUUAGUGGUCCAAUCCCCGUUGAGCUUGGUCAAUGUGUUAAUUUGUCGGUUUUUGUGCUCUCCAACUUUUUCGAUCCACUUCUAACCAAUCAAAAUCCAAAUGGAGAUUCGUCAAUUGCUUUAUCGAGCGGAGGUUUCGAUGAUUACAAUUCCUUUGAAGGCUCCCUUCCAAUGGAAAUUACAACCCUUCCAAAUUUAAAAAUACUUUGGGCGCCAAGGGUUGCUCUUGGAGGCAAGUUUCCUAGCAAUUGGGGUGCUUGUGAGAAUUUGGAAAUGGUGAACCUAGCUAAGAACCUAUUCAAAGGAGAAGUCUUUGGAGUCUUUAAGAGGUGCAAGAAGUUGAGUUAUCUUGAUUUGAGCUCAAAUAAACUAACUGGGAAGCUUGAUGAGAAGCUACCAGUUCCUUGUAUGACUGUCUUUGAUGUCAGCGGGAACCUCAUGUCAGGAUCCAUCCCAGGAUUUAAUUAUAGAUUGUGCUCUAAUGUGCCUUCCAAUUCAGAUGUCAUCCAAAUUGACAGCCCAUCAUUUCCAUAUAAGUUGUUCUUUACUUGUAAAACUCAUCUUGAAAUGCAUUUGCCAUUUAAUGGUAAUGAUUCUGCAGUGGUUCACAAUUUUAGUAAUAACAACUUCACUGGUCCAAUUAAAAGCCUUCCAGUUGCACAGAAAGGAUUCGGAAAGCAAACCAUUUAUGCAUUUCUUGCUGGUGGAAACAAACUCACAGGAUCAUUUUCUGAAAGCCUAUUUGGAAAGUGUGAUGGAUUAAGUGGAAUGAUUUUGAAUGUUAGUAACAACAGAUUCUCUGGUUGCAUUCCUCCAAAGAUUGGUCUGAAGUGCAGAAACCUGAGACUCUUGGAUGCCUCUGGCAAUGAAAUCAAUGGAUCAAUACCCCCAGGCAUUGGUGAUUUGACAUCUCUUGUUGUUCUUGAUUUAAGUAGGAAUGAGUUGCAGGGACAAAUUCCAGUUCGUAUGAGUCAUUUGAAGUAUCUUAAGUAUAUAUCUUUGGCUGAUAAUAAUCUGACUGGAACAAUUCCCAAUCAGUUGGGAUGGUUACACUCCCUUGAAGUGUUAGAUCUAUCUUCAAACUCUCUCUCUGGUGAAAUUCCACAAGAUGUUGUGUGCUUAAGAAAUUUAACUUUUCUUCGGCUCAACAAUAAUAAACUCUGUGGAAAGGUUCCCUCAAGAUUGGCUAGUGUGAUAUCACUACCUACGUAUAAUGUGUCAUGUGAUCAUCUGUCUGGGUGGCUACCUCUGAACAACAAUGUGAUGAAUAGUAGUGGUCUCUUUCAACACCCUUUCCAUAUUAUUUCCCGAGCAUUGUCUUCUUUGGAUCAGCCAGAAAAUACUUCAGUUUCACAAAUUGCUGCUGGCGCUUCUCCACCAGAAAGUGUUGGAAAUGCUGAAGAUAAUGGAUUAAACUCAAUAGAAAUUGCAUCUGUGGUAUCUGCAUCGGCCAUUGUAUUAGUUCUUCUAGCUCUAAUUGUGCUCUUCUUUUACACAAGAAAAUGGGUUCCAGAUUCAAGGGUUCAGGGUUCUGAAUUGAAAGAAAUUAUAGUUUUCAACAACAUUGGUGUUCCACUAACAUAUGAGAGUAUUGUUCAAGCAACGGGGAAUUUCAAUGCAACCAACUGCAUUGGAAGUGGAGGAUUUGGGUCCACUUACAAGGCAGAAAUUUCUCCAGGAAUAUAUGUAGCCGUAAAGAGGCUUGCUGUGGGAAGGUUCCAAGGUGUUCAGCAAUUCCAUGCUGAGGUUAAGACACUAGGAAGGGUGAAACACUUCAACCUUGUAACUCUAGUGGGUUACCACGCCAGUGAAACCGAGAUGUUCCUCAUAUAUAAUUAUUUUCCUGGAGGUAAUUUGGAAAACUUUAUUAAGGAAAGACACAAAAGACCUGUGGAUUGGAAAAUUCUUCACAAGAUUGCCUUGGAUAUAGCUCUUGCACUUGCUUAUCUGCAUGACCAGUGUGUUCCUCGUGUUCUACACCGGGACGUCAAGCCUAGUAAUAUAUUGUUGGAUAAUGACUUCAGUGCUUAUUUAUCUGAUUUUGGAUUAUCCAGGCUUUUGGGAACUUCGGAAACUCAUGCAACGACUGGUGUGGCAGGAACUUUUGGGUAUGUAGCACCUGAGUAUGCCAUGACCUGUCGGGUGUCUGAGAAGUCAGAUGUUUACAGUUAUGGUGUGGUGCUGCUUGAGUUGAUUUCAGAUAAGAAAGCAUUGGACCCUUCAUUUUCUUCUCAUGGAAAUGGUUUUAACAUUGUUUCUUGGGCAUGGAUGCUUUUGCGAAUGGGGCGUGCUAAGGAGGUGUUUACCGCUGGGCUAUGGGAUGCAGGUCCUCAUGAUGAUCUGGUGGAGAUGCUGUAUGUAGCUGUAACUUGUACAGUUGAGACUCUCUCCAUCAGGCCUACAAUGAGGCAAGUUGUCCAAAGAUUGAAAAGAAUUCAACCUUCGUAGUUUAGCUAGAUAACGAGGCCUGUGGAAUUAAAUGGCGGAGCACAAGGUAUAGAAGGCAAUUUUCUUUUCUUUUCUCUUUGUAGUUCCUCUUACUGCUUAUAAAUAUAGAAAUUGUUAGAUGAAGAUGUAACAUGCUUGCGAUUAAUCCAUUUCCAACCACUCCCAUUUUGGGUCAUCCCUGGGAUGUGGUUCUGACUUCUGAACUUGUUGAUUAUCUUGUAACAAGUAUGGGAAAUUUUUCAGAUCAUUUUUCAAUUCAAACAUAAUCCAGAUUAAGGAUGAUGGUUGAAUGUCUGCAUA